UCGUAACGAAACAGCGACGACGACGACGAUUUUUAUGCCAACGCAAAGUUGGCCAACAGUCUGCAAUUUCAGUCUGCAAACGGUGAGCCUGGUGAACGGCAGCCAAGACACGUUGGCAAACACAAACUAAACGUGGAACAAGUAAGAAACAAAAGAAACUAAAGAGUCAUUACCAUGAAGAGGGCCAAACGUUGGCUGUUCACAACAGCAACAGUGCUGCUACUUUGUGUGCUGGCAUCGACAGAUGCCGCACUGCCCUUUAAAAAGGUUUCCAUUGCCAAAGCAUCCGCCUCCACAACAAGCACGAGCACGACGACCACAGCAGCUCCGGAUUAUGACACGGACAAGGAGGAGGAGGUGCCAGCAGAAGUCCCAAGUGAGAGUGAGGAUAACAAAUCAGACAAUGCGACGCUGUCGAAGAACUCCAAGUUGACGGGCAUACCGCAAAUUGAUUAUAUCUGGGAUCCAAAUUUGCCACGAGAACUGCGAGGCUACAACCUCUCAACAUAUCCUUUCCUGUCCACCGUGCCACCCAUGGAUGAGAUUCAUUUCAAAUGCGAGGGUCUCCACGACGGUUUCUAUGCCUCCAUCGAGUACAAGUGCCAGAUCUAUCAUCAUUGUGUUUAUGGCAUAAGACACGACUUUUUGUGCGCCAAUUUCACGGCCUUCGAUCAGCGAACAUUCAUCUGUCACUUUGCAUCCGAUGUGGACUGCGAGGGAUCUCAAAAGUAUUGGAACAGGAACGAUGAGCUGUACAUGGCGACGACGACAACAUCGACGAGCACAAGCACAACCGAGGCACCUGCCACAGCGCCGCCAAGACGUCGCCCCACACGUCCUUAUCAACGACGCCAUCGCCGUCCUCUGCCCGAUUACUAUGAGGAAGAUGAUUAUUACUACAAUGACUAUGACGAUGAGGUGCCUCGCAACAAGCAGCGACCUAGAUCUCGGCCACGAAAGCCGCAGCCGGACUAUGACGAUGAGUAUGUGGAGAAGCAGCCAGCGCGACGCAAUCGGAAUCGGUAUAGGGACGAGGAAUACGACAGCGAUGACGACUAUGAUGAUCGUCGCAAGCGUCCAGGACGUCGCAAGGCGAUUGCAGCAGCAGCUGGCGGACGUGAAAGGGGAACACCGAGAAAGCCAGGACGUGUGGACGAACGUAGGAGUUUCAAUGAGGAUCGCACGGCGGAUGAACCGCGACGUGCAUCGGCGGGCAGACGUCGUGCCAAUGAGAAACGCACCACGCCCUCGACUGCGGAUUUGAUCGACGAUCUGGAGGAGAUCGAGAAACCCUACGGACUGGAUCAAGAGGAGGCAGCCGAGGAGCAAACGCCACAAAAGGUGAAGACAACGCCCAAGCCACUGGCCGAGUACAUCACACCGAAGUCGGCUGCCUCCGUCUACUCACGUCCACGUGCUCCCCCUCGCAUAGCGCGUCCGGUGCCCAUCAAUGAGAAGAAAAAGUAUUCCUAUCCGGUGCAAAAGAAUGCGGCUGCCAAUGCAGCAGGCGAUGCGGACGAAGAGGAUUACUAUCAAGAGCCGGAACAAGAGGCACAGGAGGAACCUCAGCAUGAGGAUGACUACGUUGAACCUCAACGCACGACGCCCCGUCGUCGCACUGUCGCCCCGCCCCGGGAGCAGAAGCAACAUCCCACGCGUCCAACGCUCCGGAAGCCCGUGACAGACAAGAAGCAAUUGCUCAGUCAAGACGAUCAGGAUUACUAUGCGAAUGAGGCGCCGCGUCGCAAGCGUCCGCAAGGCAACAGCAGAUCCCGUGGCACGCCAGCUCCUGCGCCAACCGCAGCGGAUGCCGAUUUUGUGGAUGAUGUGGACUACGAAGAAAAACCUUUGCCAGCGCGCAAUCAACGCCUGCGUCCCAAGACAGCAGCUGCUGCAGCUCCCGCAGCACGCAAACCCAUCCAGCGUCCACGUCAACCCAUAGUGCAACCCGAAGAGCCCGAAGCGGAGCUAGAACCCAGCAGCGAGGAACAGGAGCCAGCGCCUCCUCCGCGUCCCAGAGUCAAUGCAGCCAACAACGCGCGACGCAAUCAGAAGCUGGCUCAGGCAACCAGACAGCGAGCGCUGCCUACGGUGAAGACCACAGCGGCGAGCAUAGUCAACGAUGAGGUGGAGCAGGAGCAAGAGCCGGAGCUCGAUGAACCGGAACUGGAUGAGACUGAUGAGCCGCUGGCGCCGGCAGCACCAGCGAAAUCGCAACGCCCCGCAUCGAUAUACGCAGGCGGGCGAUUGCAACGGCGCCGGCCUCGCGUUCACAUAGACACGAAUACGCUGCUACCGGAGGAGCAGUGACCCAUUCCCAACUGGCUGCGCGACCCCAACAGCAAUUCUACGACGACUUUGCAUAUUAAAAGGGAAAGGAUCGCGUGAUUCAAACAAAAAGCUGCAGAUGUAAAUAACUUUCAAGAGAGAGAGAGAGAGAGAGAGAGCGUUCCAGGUGCCUAGGCAACAUAAAUACAUACAAUGUACUCGUACUUUUCUCAACUAUCUUUUUAUUUUAUAUAUAUACUACACAUACAUAUAUAUUUUAGUAUCUUAGCCACAGUCUACUUAUACUCUUAUAGUUAAUGCUAAAGUUUAUUCAGACCUAAGUAACACACACGCAAAACACACAACACGUUUAUCUUAAAAAACUAAUUAACAUAUCGUACAUUUACAUUAUAUAAUACUCAAUUCUCGUGAUAGUAG